AUGCCACUGCUAGCGAGGAUGAUUGAGGCUUCAGGAGGUCAGGCUCUCACUUAUGGAGGAGAUGUUUCAAAAGAAGAGGAUGUGGAAUCCAUGGUCAAAACUUUGUCUGGAAUUAUACUUAUGUUCAUCUUGUCACGAGACACACUGUUGAUGAGAAUGAAAAAAUCACAAUGGAAGGAAGUCAUUGACCUGAAUCUUACUGGUGUCUACCUUUGCACACAGGCAGCAGCAAAAAUUAUGAUGAAGAAGAAAAAGGUGAAUGCUAUUGUGCCGGGGUUCAUUGCAUCUGAUAUGACAGCUAAACUAGGAGAACAUAUCGAGAAAAAGAUUUGGGAAACUAUUCCAAUGGUUAUAUCUAAGAGGUCAAGGAAUAUGCAGGCCAAGGUUCUAGGUGCUCUCUAG